AUGGCCCCUCUUCGCCUAUGGCUGGGCGCCUUCUUAGCAGCCCUGCCGGUGGCUUUGGCAGGACAUGGCGACCCUAUCGCCCAAAAAUACAUCGUCGAGUUUUCCGAUUCCAAGACUUCAUCUGCCAGCUUCCUCUCUACUCUUAACGACCACGGCAUCCCCGCCAGUCUUAACCACGACCUAUCCUUCGCUCUUUUCCACGGUAGUUCCUUCACACUACUAGACAACAGCCAGAAUGAGGCGACCAUUGUCAAGCAGAUGUCCUCAUGGCCUAUGGUGAAGAAGGUCUCCCCUGUCCGGGAGCUGCACCAGCCGCAUCGAGACGUUUCGAGUGUUGCCCAUGGCUCGCUGGCCCGGCUUAGUGCGGCCUCUCAUGGUCUUCGACGCCGUGCCACCGGGGGCCACGAAGUGAACGACUACCCUCAGGUUAUGGCCGGAGUUGACAAGCUGCGUCAGGAAGGCUACCUGGGAUCUGGUAUCCGCGUGGCGGUGAUUGACUCAGGCAUUGACUAUAAGCAUCCCGCUCUCGGAGGCUGCUUUGGUAAGGGCUGCCUUGUGGAAUUUGGUUUCAAUUUCCUGGACAACAGUACCGACCCGUGGGAAGGCCACGACGGACACGGAACUCAUGUCUCUGGACUGAUUGCCGCUCAGCCCAACCCAUAUAACUUCACUGGCGUGGCCCCUAAUGUAACUCUGGGUCAUUACAAGGUCCUUGGAAAGCGGGUCGUGAAAACUGGUACUGAUAUCGUCACCGCCGCUUUCAAGAAGGCCUACGAAGACAAAGCCGAUAUUAUCUCCGCCUCCUUCGGCUCAUACAGGGGCUGGAGCGACGAGCCGUGGGGACAAUUGAUCCAGAAGCUGGCUGAGGCCGGCCUUCCCUCUUUCAUUGCCACUGGCAAUGACGGAAGCUACGGCCUGUUCCUGGCCUCAAAUGGUAUCGACAACUCUGCCGGUAUUGGCAUCGGAUCUGUCAACAACCUGUAUAGCCCUCUACUGCUAACCGGAGCUACUUACUCAACCCGAAACACCACCAAAGAAUUUGGCUGGCAUCUGGCGGGUACCUCCGACUUCAGCAAUGGCACCUACACCCUAUAUCCUAGCAGCCUCAACACAUCGGUCGUUGGCGAUUCCUGCAAGCCGUGGACGGGUAACCACCCGAACAUCUCCGACAAGAUUGUUCUGAUCCGUUACGGUGGCUGCCGCGGCAGUGUGCAGCAGGCCAACGCGGUCAAGGCCGGUGCUAAGAAUAUCCUGUUUUACAACAACGAGCCUGAAACCUAUGAGCUCCCCGUCCAGGACCCUGCUCUCACGGGCUUGGGAAUGGUAUCCGCCCAGACCGGCGAGAACUGGGUGAAGCUUGCCGCAUCUGGGGCCAAUAUCACCCUACACAUGAUCAGUGAAAAGUACGCCAAGACUAUCUUCAUCAAUGAGACAAACCAUCAAUCGGGCGGUCAAAUCAGUCGAUACAGCCAGUGGGGUCCCAGUUACGAGAUCCUCCCUGUGACAGCGGCUUCCGGGGUCGGCGGAUCUAUGCUGUCAACAUGGCCGGUCCUCGAAGGCGGCUACGCCGUGGAGAGUGGUACUUCAAUGGCAACUCCCUUCGUUGCGGGUUGCAUUGCUCUCCUGAUGGAGGCUCGCGGCAAGGGCAAGGUGACCCCUGCCGAGAUCAAGUCUCUGUUGUCGACUACGGCCAACCCUGGUUUGUUCCAUGACGGUGUCACAGCAUCGCCCAUCCUGGGAUCUGUGGCGCAGCAGGGCGGUGGCCUUAUUGAUGCCUACAAGCUUGUGCACACAACCACUAGGUUCAAUGUGAGCACCAUCUCGUUCAAUGAUACCGAGCACAUUGCCCCGGCCUAUAUACGCAUCAACAACACCGGCUCGUUGCCGCGCCUUUACACUGUCGGCCACGUCGGCGCUGCUACCGUCUACACACUACCCGACAACAGCUCCAUUCCCCAGAAGAACAAGCUCGGCAAUUUCGUGGACCGCGUUGACAAUGGCGCCUCACUUAAUUUCAGCUCAUCUAGUGUGCUCGUCGCCGCUGGUGGGUCCACCGUGUUGAAGGUCACUGCCACUCCUCCCAAGGGUCUCGUCUCCCGCCGCAUCCCUGUUUAUAGCGGAUACAUCACCCUCAAUGGAACGAGCUCGGAUGAUUCCUUUUCCGUUCCUUACCUGGGCGUUGCCACCGCCAUGCGCAACGUGACCAUCUUAGACACGACGGAAGGCAGCAACUACAUCAUCGACAGCACCACCAAGAAGCGUGUUCAGGCCAACCAGCAGUUCGUUCUGCCAGGCGAGAAUGACCCCAUCGACACAGCAAACACCAGCUACCCCAUCUUCCAGACCAAGCUGUCCAUGGGCACAGAUCUGCUCCUGAUCGGUGUUAAGGCGGCCAAUGGCCACACUAUCCUCCCCGUAUCUGACCCCAAGACGGCCCUCCCCCGGACCGUUGAGGGCGUUACUGGUCCCGGGGCAACUUCAUUCACGGGUGUGCUGGCGAACGGCUCGUACGUUCCGGCAGGCAACUACUCCCUAGUUGUGCGUGCGCUGAAGAUCUUCGGCAAUCGCGCUAACCCGAGGGACUAUGAUACCGUGCAAACGGUCAACUUCGGGAUCACAUACGCUUCCCCUGUUGCCAGUCAAUGA